AUGUUGUGGAUCGCUCGCCUCCGCUCCCCUCCUCCCCUCACUGACAUCCCGUCCGUCUGGCCUCUCCAGAUCCCGAUGCCGCCCAAGAAGGAGAAGCAGAAGGCGCCGCCUCAACCGCGAAAGUAUGCUUUCGAGACUGAGGCGGACUUUCGCGACGUCGAGGAGGCUAUGAGGGUCACUCGCGACUUCCCUUCCUUUGAGUCGCUACUCGACUCUUUCGUCAGCGGCCCACCAACUGGUGAACAGGCGAAGACGAAGAAUGCCGACGUUCCCUUUCACAAGACGUGCCAGCAACUCCUCGUGCGACACGGCUACAAGAGCAAUUUGCUCAAGAAGGAGGCUCGCCAUACUUGGACGCGGGAGGAGCAGGUCGAGAUUCUCUACACGCACUACCACCCCGAUGAGGCCGACAUCCACUACCGCUUCAAGGAGGGUCCAAGGCUCGACUACCAGCCGGUCGGUGCGACGAACGGGCAGCCCAAGGUUCGCCGGACUCGUGCUGCUCCAACUGGCCCUCUUCACCGCUUCUUCCCUCGUUCGACCCCUGCUUCUAUCGCCUCUUCUUCCCGCGCCCUCGCUGCGGCGACUUCAAGCGGCACCUCGACUUCUAGCACGUCCUCCGGUACGGUCUCGACUCUGCGAGCAGUUCCCGCCCCUCCCUCCAGCACAGCCGGCAGUACGAGCGCAGCCGCGGGAACGGCCGCUCCUGCUCCUGCUCCCGCCCCUAUGAACCGCUUCUCUUUCUUCGACUCGCCAAUGCCUGCCGAUCCGAACAACCAGGGUCCCUCGCCUACUCACCAGUCGCAGGCUCUGCUCCAGCGAAACGAGGCAGCGCGAUUCGCUCACGCUCGCGAGGUCAUGCCGGUGCUUGCGGCCGCCUUCAAGUCGGUCAUGCCCGGACGUGAUCAGGCGCUCACUUCCCUGGCGGGAGAGCUGCUCCUCAAGGCAGCGAGGGAGGGAGUCGAGCGCAGUGCCGCCGACCUCGCGGACCUCUUCGCCUUCCGUUACGCCUCGCACCCUCGCGCGCCCAUCUCCACGACGGAGGCCGCAGCGCUCAUCGCCAAACCGUGGAGCCACAUCGGAGGCGCGGUUGCGUCGGCGUACGGGAACGUCGCGGGCAGGAUCAGCAACACCACCCCGACCUCGUACCUCGAGGUCAUCCAGCUCCUGGACAAGGCGCCCGCUCUUCGCGCCAUCGAGGAGCUUCGCUCGGUCAAGACGCCCCCGGCGCAGGCGCUCGUCGCGAAGCUUGAGGAACUCGUCCGCCUUGGCCGACUCACCCACAUCGGCAAGACGGUCAAGGGCUUGCUCGACCGCGCCCACCACGGAGGCAAGGCGUCGACGGGAGGUGACUUGCGUGCGGUCCUCGGCAUCGGGCGCGGGGUUGGGAUGAAGCAGGUCCCGUCGGUGUUGGAGGCAAUCAAGGCAUUGCAGGGAGGAGGGAGAGUGAGUGACACGGGUGACGAGGAGAUCGUCUCGGAUGGCGAAGAGGAUAGCAAGGCCGACGACGAGCAAGAGGAUCAGAACUCGCGACUCAGCUUGCAGCCAGUCGUCGAGGCUCUCCUCAAGAGCCGCCCCCGAGCCUUCCUCGAACGCAUCUCGCGCCCGAACGCCCCCCAGGUCAUCGUAAUGAGUGGCGAUGGUGCUGUUGUCUCGGUCCGCGUGCCAACAACCGUCCUUGACGACGACCUCGACCCGAAGACUGUCUCGGCCACCGAGUUCUUUGAGGAGUAUCUCUUCGCCCCGACGCUCAACUUCCAGGCGGCUGGGGACAACCUCGUGUUUUCUCCGCUCGAAUCUGUUCGGGAGGUCGCCGUCAGCGUCGGUACCGCCCCGCAGCAGGUCGUCGUCGUCGCCCUCGCACCGCCGACCAGGACCUACGGCGAGGUCGGCCAGGAGCAGGUGUGGACGGGCAUCCACGCUGCGGCCCAGCGCAAGGGUUUCUCAGAGUCUUCGGACAAAGCUUUGGCCGCCGAGACCCUCAAUGUCAUCGACAGGCCGACGGAGGGUUCUGCACAGCCCGCGCUGACAAGGGCGGCCGUCGAAGGCGACAAGGUCAAGAAGAAGGAUGUCGAGAAGUUCGAGAAGAAGGUCAAGGGUCGUAUUGACGGGCUCGACGGCGGCGCGCUCGUCCUCGUUUCGACCACGACCUGGUUCAACGUCCGCUAUGGCUUGCCGACCGACCAGCUCAACAACACCUCAACCGCCCUUGUCUCUCCGUUCCGACUCGUCCUCAUCAAGGGCAGGCCCGCGAUCGCCAUCUCCACCCAGCAGCCAAUGUCGGCAAUAAAGAAGGGCCCGGCCUACGGCAAGAUUGUCGGACCUGUCAUUUCGAGCAUACACGCUCUCGCUCUCAUCGCAGCCAAGCUCAGCCAAGCCGCAAGCUUCGACACGAUGACGCUGCCCGAGCAAGCGACGUUCGUUGCCGGCCUCAACGCCAGGUUCGGCCGCAUGCUCGAAUCGCUCACCGUCCUCGGCACGUCGGCCCGCAUCGGCACGCGCGGUGGCAGCGGUAUCAAGGCGAUGAGCCUCCCCACCCCGUUCAUCCCCGCCCCUCAGGCUGCAACGAGCGGUCCCGGAGCGGCUGUUCAUCUCGCCUUCGCCGUCGAGUCUGGUAACGGGAUGGGGACGGUCCAGCUGAACAACUUAUUUACCGUCACGAAUCCUGAGACGCGGAAGGCUGAGGUCGCUAUCUACGGGGACCGGAUGUGGAUCAGGGUUACGGCACGCCGCGACGGUCACAUCUGGAGGGUCCAGUAUCACCCGUCGUCCGUCUUCAAGUACAACCCGGCCGCCCUCUCGAAUGACGAGAUCCAGAUGCUCAAGGAAUGGUUCGCCGAGCAGGCGGCGAACGGAACAUACCUCCUCCCGAAGAUUUCCCGUUGCAAGAACAAGCCUUCGAGGGUAAUCCUCCUCCGUGGCAUGCUCGGCGCCAACGAGAACCAGCACCCGGAGCUCGUCAACUUGCAUCGCUUCCCCCUCGAGGCACACGGUGGCGGCCAGGUUCCCCUUCAGGCGCCCCCUCUCGACGCUCCUCUCCCCGCCAUCGUCGUCUACGUCAAGGAUCGCGUCAGGCGUCUCGAGGAGGAAGCCAAGACCGCAUCGGCACGCCCUCCACCGCAGGCGGACGACUCGAGGCCUACCAACGUCCGCAGGACUUGA